GGCGGCAGCGCUCGGAGGGGAGCACACGGCGGCGCUGUGACAGUGGGCGGGACCCCCUGGACGCUCCCCUGCGCGGACCCCGCGGCGCUCGGGCACCGGGAGGAGGCGGCGCACCGUGAGCCACGGUACCACAUCCGGAAGAAGGAUCUCGGCCAAAUCCACCAAGCUGCCAGCGCCGGUGACGUCGCGAAAGUGGAGCAGAUCCUUUCGCUGAAGAAAAAGGUCUUGGAUGCCAGAGAUAGAAAGAAGAGGACUGCUCUCCAUUUGGCCUGUGCCAAUGGCCAUCCAGAAGUAGUUACUGUCCUGGUGGACAGAAAAUGCAAGCUCAAUGUCCCCGACAGUGAAAAAAGGACAGCUCUGAUUAAGGCAGUACAAUGCCUGGAAGAGGAGUGUGCCACCAUCCUGUUAGAACAUGGUGCCAAUCCGAAUCACAGUGACGUGUAUGGCAACACAGCUCUUCACUAUGCUGUCUAUGGCGACACCCCAUCGAUCGCAGCAAAGCUCCUUUCACAUGGCGCAAAUAAAGAAGCCAUAAACAAGGAUCACCUCACUCCACUUCUACUUGCUGUAAGUGGAACUAAAGAGGAAAUGGUAGAAUUUUUGAUACAGAAGAAUGCAGAUAUAAAUGCAGUAGAUAAAAUGAACAGAACGGCCCUCAUGCUUGCUGAACAUCAUAACUCACCAAGUAUACUACACCUUCUUGAGGAAGGUAUGGAUGUUUUUUCUGAAGAUAUCUCUGGAAGGACUGUGAAGGAUUAUGGCACUACUAGUGGUUUUAAUACCAUUCACCACCAAAUUUCAGAAUAUAAAGAAGAAUAGAUACCUGACGAUCUUUCUGAAAACAACAAUCCAGGUAAGACUUCUGAUAGUGAAUUGCUCUUGGUCGUUCUACCAUGGAUAAAAAAAUAAAGAGUAAGGAAGUUUUGAGCACAAAAGGGGCAGUUAAAAAGUCAAUGUGUAAAUUGUGUGCAUAUUUUAAAAAUUUGUUUCUUAGUAAUCUAGAAUUUAGAAUU